UACACCGCUGCCAUAGCCUGGCUGACGCGUCGGCAAAAACUCGCUGAAACGGCCGUAUCGCUGGAAUCUAUCGCUCGGAACAUGCCCAUGGCCCAGCCGUACUCGAUGCUGAUGAUGCACUCUGGGGAUCUCAGCUCGGAUUCCAUCCAGCACGAGUUCCGGGAUCGGCUAUUGGCCCGUGCAGCGGCACUCGAGACGGCGGAAGCGGGUGUGGCGCGUAAGCUGAGGGUUAUGGAGUCGAUGCUGGUGUUUGUGUACAUCAAUAUGGACGUCCCGGUGGGGAUCGCCAAGAAGGGCAAGGAUGCGCUGGAGCCAAUGUUUUUCGGAGGCAAUUGGCCUGGCUAUCACUCGAUGUGUCGCUUCUUUGCCGUGUCCAUCUUUUGGCACCCCCAAAUACGAAACUACGACUACUACAUGCGAAUGGACUCUGAUUCCUACAUCAUCACACCGAUGAUUGAAGACCCGUUCCGUCGCGCGGUCCGACACGGAAUCCGCUAUGCGUUCCGCAAAGCCGGCGGUGAUCCCGAUUUCGCCGUCCGCAAACUCCCCGCGUACCUGUUGGACUAUACCAACCGUCAUCCCAAAUUGGAUCUCGCCGACAAGCUCCGAGCGGGUCGCUUUCCGGUCAUGAAGGAAGACAAGGAUAUACCUACGUGGUACAACAACUGGGAGAUUGCGCAUCUGGCGAGCUUUAGGAAACCAGAGGUGGCCGACUUUUUGCUGGAUCUGUUGAAGCAUGAGGAGGGGUUUUACAAGCAUCGAUGGGGAGAUGCGGGGUUGCGUCGAGCCACGACCUUGAUGUUCUUUGAGCCAGGGACGGUGGUCCAGUACUGCGACUUUAAGUAUCACCAUCAGCACCCGAUGUACCAGGUGGCGUUGCCGACCGAAGAUGUGAGUUUGACAGGACUCCUCUAUUACCCACCGUCUCCAGUCGCAGCUGACCAUCCUUAG